UUUUUUUCAUCAGUUUGAAAGUUUGUGAGGAGGCUCAGAGCAGCGGUUGUAUCAGGACGGAGCGGCCGAGAGGAACCAAGAGCAGAGCUCCGAGGAGGUGGAGGAAUGGGCUGCACCCACAGUAAGAGAAGGAGCAAAGGCAGGAAAGGAGAGAAGAAAAAGAGGGACAGUGGCCGUCAAUAUGAAGAAGGUAAACGUUCUUCCAGUGAGCCGGACGUUGGUCUGGAAAAGCAGCUGGAGCGCUUUGAGUGGCAGCUGAAAAUCUUAAAGGAAGUGCUCUCAGCCAAUGGGAGCUCAGAGAGGGUGGAGCUACUGAAACGUCAUACUGAUGAAGAGGUGUGUGCCCUUGUUCAGAGCAUUCUCGAUAAGGUAAAGACUGAGACAACAGCUGAUCUAAACGUUCUGCAUGAACGCAAAAGUAAAUCAGCCAUAGAAGAACAUGAGAGACACGUAGAAGAGCUUCAAAGAAAACACGAACAGGAGAAAACUGAGCUGACAGAAAGGUUUCAAGCAGCUGAAGACAUCCUGAAGGCCAAAGUGGAGCAGUUAACAGCUGAGCUGCAGGUCUACAACGACCUGAAGAAACGAGUAGAGCGAUCAACCUUUAAGAAGGACUUGCAGAGAAAUAUUCAGGAGCAUGGCAGCCCAGGUGCAUUCUGGGAGUCAGAGCAGGAGUCUCUGCUGUUUGUUAUUGAGAUGAAGGCUGAGCGUGUGCUGGAGCAAAACAGGAAGCUGCAGCAGAUGGAUGAUCUGGUGGAGAAGAAUCUGUCUCUGGAGGACCAGAUAAUUCACGUCCUGCAGCAGAAUGAGGAUUUAAAUGUUCGGAUAGACAACUGCCAGACUCUCAUUCAGCAGUUUUCUAAGGAGCAACAGGACCUGAAGGUGGCGCUGGAGAGGCAGAUAGCAGUAAACCAGAAUCUUUCUCAGGAAAAGGAGCAGCUGAUGUUUAAACUAAGACACAGAGAUUCAUGUCCAGGAAUCCACCUUCCAGCCAUGAUGCAGGAGAUCGCCCCUAGAUGACCCCAAAACUGUGACUCUGUGUCAUAGAAGCUGGUUUACUGCUCAGGAUGGAAGGUUCAACCAUCUGGGAUCCAGUUUAUAAUCUGGAGUUGCACUGUGAUGCAUCAGUGCAGGACAUUGAAAUCAAUGCGGGGUGCUGUCACACAGGCAUUUUUUUUUUUUAGGUUGUUUAAGUAUUUUGUACAGUUGUUUCAUCUUUCACUGAAGUCGAUUCUGAAACUGGGAGACAGAAGAAAAGAGCAGCACACCUUAGAGAAAUGCCAGCGGCACAAACUGCUUUGGUUGUUUCUACAAAUACUUUAUAAACAUGGAUGAAUAUCCAACGAUAAUGAAAACUGAAACCAUUUCCUCAAAUCAGGGGUUUGAGCUUUUAAAAGCCAUAGUUCAUUGUUUUUGUUCUGCCAAUAAUGAACGUGAGCCAAUGACUGAAGCGACGAUGUGAGGCCUUCCUCGUUGGGUUGUCUUUGAUACUGAUCACAAUUAUUAUGUUUUCUGGAGGACUAAAUGCUUAUUUAGAGUUUAAAACUUUUGACACUGAAAAUGAAACAUCUGUUGACUCUUUGAAUCUAUAGCGCCAUAUUCUGGGCUAUCAGAUGAAAUGCCUUGUUUAUCUACAGACAGGAUGCUGUAGUUUCCCAGUUAAAGAGUUAAAGUGUCGGUUGUCACAUAAAUCCAUCUUAUGUUUUUGUGAAAGUUUUUUAGGAUUUUGUUUGCUGAAGAUAAACAUGAUGUCAGAAUAUUACUUUAUCUCUGGAAAGGUGAUUUAUUGUGCAUUAUAAAAUCCAAGCAUUCAGCUUUGACCGUCCCACUGCAGAUCUGCUAUUUUGGAUCUUUAGACUGUUCUGUGCCUUUAUACCAUGCUGGAAGGUUUGUUACCCUAAACUGAACCAAUGUACCUAGAUUUAGUUGUAGUUUUACAUAUUCAAUUCAUCAUUUGCUUUUCCAGCUAAAUCCUCCAUUCCCCACAAAUCCACCGUGUGCCUCUGAGACAUUUUCUUAUUCAUUGCAAAAAUAGAUAUUUAAAGUAUUUUGUCAUACAACAGUUUUUUUUUUAUAUAGGGGAAUGAUUGAAUUAGUUGCAUCACUAUUUACUUCAUAUGUAUCUAAAUGAUCUUUUCUUUCUGGCUUCAUUAAACCGUCCCAGAUGAUGGUAAGUUUCUAGCUAUGCAGUGCGGUUGGAUGGUUACAUGCAGCAUUGAAUAAAAUACACCCUGGAGGAUUUCAUUUGUUUUAAACACGGGAUUAUUAAUGAUCCAGUUUAUUUACUGUUGUCAAGGUUAUUGAGUUCAUUACAUCUAAUUAAAUUCAGCAAAUUAGCUUCAGGUUAGCAUGAUACCUUCCUAUUUCAUUUAUGUUGCAUUAUUCAUGUUUACUGUCUGGUGAAAUUAAGUCAGGAAAUAUUUACUAGAAAUCAUAAAAACAGUCACUGCAUUAUGUUGCAUUUGUAAUUUGAAAUAUAUUUUUGAACUUUUUUGUAUGUAACAUUUGUAUUGCCAAAAAAAAUAUAAUUUCAGUGUUUUUUUUCAGUAUGCACAAGCACUUUGACCAGGAUUUUACAGGAAUUUGUACUGUAGAUCUUUUUUCUUUUUUUUUGGUGUACUGUACAGCCUUGAUAUUUUGGCUUGUUAGAAAAGUGCAUUUUAUCUUUUCUCAGCAAUUAGUGCAGCCUUUUGUUUAUAUGUUCAUGUAGAUACACUUUGUACUUUUUUGGCUUUGAAAAUAAUAAAGAAUGCAAACUGU